AUGGACGACUCGUACUGUGCCAGCUGCUCGCGCUACAUCCUCCCAAAGCGCCAUCAGGUCCCAGUAUACGCUGCACCUACUACAAUCACUGAACACCAGCCGCCUUCCGUUCCGCCGCCCUCGCCGACGUCUGCCUCUCCUGAAAAGGCUCUCGUCAAAACACGCUCAAAGCAGGGCACCAUCCGUGCUCGCGGCGGCCUCGCACGCGGCACUGGCCGGGUCAAGGCCAACGGCACGCUCGCCACCGCCACGAAGAAGCCGGCAGAGCCCGCACCGCAGCCGACACCGGUCAAGCACCGGACCGUCAUCGACCAGGGCCCCACUCCUCUCUACUGCAGCGACGAGUGCCGCCUGGCUGACCUCGAGGAGCGUCAUGCGGCCAUCUCGGCCGACUUUAACCCUCUGCGAGACCUCCGCUCCUCGCCUCCUCUUCCCGCCGCACCACACAACUCGCUCGCGGGAUCUUCCGACGAGUCGUCCUCCUCUUCCUCCGAGGCAUCGUCCUCACCCGACGCUCGUGAUGGGCUUCACGUGCCCGACUACAUCAGCUGGGAGUCUGUCUCGCCUGCGAUUGCUGGACUGGCAAAGAUGUACGACUUUCCGCCUUUGCCUGCCAGGCCUGCCGCAGUGGUGCAGCAGGAGCAGGAGGACGUCGAGGAGGCUGCCGAGAAGACUGCAUCCCUCGAGGACACCUUCACGAGCGGUGUGAUGAUGGCCGCUGAGCGCAUCAAGGAUGCCCUUGUCGCACCACCAACAUCAAAGCCGCAACAACGUCGGUCCGCCCCCUCACGGGCACGUGAGCCCAUACCUGGUUGGACCGACGGCACCGACGCCUGGCGCGCAUCGGUCUACUCGAUGUCGCCCAAGGACACGGAGAUUCGCGGGAUGAAGAAGCCGGAAGAGCGCCCGCGUGCCUACGGUUCAUUUGCCGCCUCGCCCCACCGCUCCACAGGCGGCGUCUACAGCACCGUAUCAGACCCGCUUCAGACUCCUACCGCCGGCAACCUCCCCACCCGCGCCAACACCACCAGCGAUGUCGCACAGUACCCUCUCUCCUUCGCAAGGAGGUCAGAUAGCCGCACUUCGCUCUCGAGUGGCUCUCAGUCGCUUCCUGUUGGCACCCGCGCCCGUUCUCUCGUCAAGAAAGGCGCAGAGGGCCAGCUUCUUGUGCCCGACGUCACGUUGACCGUACGCAGCCCUGCAAGUGUCACGAGUGCUGGCUCGAGCAGUUGGCGCUCGUCGUCGCAGCGCAGCCUUGUCCGUUCUCCUCUUAGCCGCUACGGCUCUGACCUCAGCGUCUCGGCCGAAAGUGAAGAAGAACACGAGACUCAAUCAACGACGUCCAAGACUACGCCGACCAAGCGCCCGACGGUUGAGACGCGCUCAUGGUCAUACGACCACAUGCUCACAUACGAGGUCAUGCCGAUGAAGGCCGAGCCGUCGACCCUCAAGCGCCUCUUCCUCUUCCCGGGCAAGUCGGCCGCAUCGCCGGCCUCGACUGCCACCCCAUCUACGCUUUCGGCGCGUGUCUAA